UUGAGUGGCGGCUCACGGGCUGGGCUACGACGAGGCUAGUUGCAGCUGAGGCGAGGAGGCGACGGCUCCGGCUCUUCUCUCUAAUCUCCUUUUCGGUUUACAAGGACGAGGAAAGGCGGGCUCGGGGACCAGGAAAGGGCAAGAUCCCCCGGGCAGAAGCACCAGCCAGCAGCACCGGCCGCGCCAGCGCCCUUUCUCCGCCAGGCGGCAUGAGCACCUGCGACGCCAAGGAGUAUCUGGCCAGGCGGGAGAUCCCACAGCUUUUCGAGAGUUUAUUGAAUGGAUUAAUGUGCUACAAACCUGAUGAUCCAGUUGAAUACCUGGAAGGCUGUUUACAAAAAGUGAAGGAACUUGGUGGAGCAGAAAAAGUAAAAUGGGACACGUUUGUCAGUCCAGAAAAACGGACAUUACCUCCGCUGAAUGGCAGCCAGUCAAGAAGAGCAUUUUUCAGGAAUGUGAUGCCAGACAAUCCCAACUUUCCUUAUCGGCGGUAUGAUCGACUCCCUCCAAUCCACCAGUUCUCCAUAGAAAGUGACACGGACCUCUCAGAAACAGCUGAACUUAUUGAGGAAUACGAUGUAUUUGAUCCUGCAAGACCGCGGCCUAAAAUCAUCCUUGUUAUAGGUGGCCCAGGAAGUGGAAAGGGAACCCAGAGUUUGAAAAUAGCAGAACGCUAUGGAUUUGAGUACAUCUCUGUUGGUGAAUUGUUAAGAAAGAAGAUCCACAACACAAGUAGUAAUCGAAAGUGGAGUCUGAUUGCUAAGAUAAUUACUACUGGGGAACUAGCCCCACAGGAAACAACCAUUACUGAGAUAAAACAGAGAUUAAUGCAGAUCCCCGAUGAAGAAGGCAUUGUUAUUGAUGGAUUUCCAAGAGAUGUUGCCCAGGCUCUUUCCUUUGAAGACCAAAUCUGCACUCCAGAUUUGGUGGUAUUUUUGUCCUGCUCAAAUCAGCGGCUGAAGGAACGUCUAAUGAAGCGUGCUGAGCAGCAGGGAAGGCCGGAUGACAAUCUCAAAGCUACACAAAGACGCCUAACAAAUUUCAAGCAGAAUGCUGUUCCACUGGUCAAAUAUUUCCAGGAAAAGGGGCUGGUCAUGACUUUCGAUGCUGACAGAGACGAGGAAGAAGUAUUUCAUGACAUAAGUAUGGCAGUUGACAACAAACUUUGUCCCACUCAAGAACUUAUGGCAGGUCCAUGUGAACUUGACCUUAAUCUCAUUGUGGACCCUGGAGACAUUGCUGAUAAUGAGUUUGAUUUUGAAGACCAGGGAUAUGACCAGUCUUGCCUUUGUGGACCAGAAAAUGUGGGAGAUUUUACAGAAGACCUGAAGAAAUCAAACAUAAUUUUUGUAGUCGGUGGCCCGGGUUCUGGCAAAGGGACCCAGUGCGAGAAAUUAGCACAAAAAUAUGGAUUCACACACCUGUCCUCGGAAGAUCUCGUCCAACGUGAAAUGUUAUCAUUAUCAGAAAGGAGUAAGGUCAUCCAAGACAUCAUGGAAAGUGGUGAACCUGUACCAGGGGACAUUAUUAUGGAGCUCUUGAAAGAAGCCAUACUUGCCAGUAUGGGAGACACAACGGGAUUCCUGAUUGAUGGUUAUCCCCAGGAACUGAAGCAAGGAGAAGAGUUUGAGAGCCAGAUUGGAGCGCCAUCCCUGGUGCUGUGCAUGGAUUGUUCCUCUAAGACGAUGAGCAGCCGCCUUCUGCAAAGAAGUCAAAGUAGCCCGUGCCUGGAAGAUAAUACUGAAGCUGUCAUGAAGCGGAUUGAAACUUACUACCAAGCCACUGAACCUGUGAUCAUGUAUUAUGAAAACAGAAUUCCACUGUUUAAGAUAAAUGCAGAAGGAACACCGGAAGAAGUUUUUCUUGAAACAUGUGCUUCAGUUGACACUUUUCUGACUAAGGAAGGAACAGCAUCUCUUUCAGCACACACAGUGUAACAAUGCUCCCUUUGUCUCUGUCUCUCUCUCUCUCUCUCACACACACACACACACAGGUCCUCAAACAUGCUGUUCAAAGCAAUAGCUGCUGCCUUGAAAGAUUAGUGCAUGUUGUAAACGUAAAAAUGUCUAUAACCCAUAUGGUACAAUAAUUGCACACUUGUACUGUAUGUUGUGGAUCAGUUUGCACUUUGCAGGUUAAAAAGCAGCAUGGUAAAAAGCAACUGAUUUAUAUAAAUCAAGCCUUGCACUUCAGUAUUACCUGUUAUAAUAUACAGUCAACAGCAUUGAAUUCCCAGUCAACAGAACUGACAUAACUCCGCAUUUGUUUUUGUAAACAGACAGCUCAAUUUUAAGGCUAUUUAAGCUUGCUCUUUCUUUAUAGUGCUUGAAAAAUCUGUUUUCUGCCAUGUUAUCUUAUUGUUGGAACAUGCCUGCAGUUAAGUUGCAGUCACAAAGCAGUAGAAGUUGGAGAAUUCUCAGAAAAGCAGUGUAAAUACAUUAUUCAACACAUUGGUUAAAUAUGAAGCAAUUCACAAAUGUGAUUAUAGGGUCAGUUAUUGUGUUGACAUCAAAGUGGGUACAAAUGGUCUAUGUAUUUAUGGCAAGGAUAAUGUUUUAAAAUUUGCAAUGAUAAUGUAGGAGCAUUGUUGUCUGAUAAAAAAAAAAUCUGCUCCGAAAUACUGCUGGUGUACCUAAGACAUGUAAACACUUAAACUAAUUAUGGUAGUAUUUGACUGUAAAAUAAUAUAUACAUGCUGAGACUGUAAAAUAAUAUUUACAUGCUGAGAUAACUAACGAACACACCUUUUAAAGGGUUGGAGGCAAUCAUCAAUAUGUAUGUUGAUUACUAUGUUUGUCCAGUAAAUAUGGCAACUGUAAAUUUCAAUUUUAAACCCUAAGCUGUUAUUUUUCAUUGUCUAAGGUUUAAUAUAAUAGCUUAAAGGUGUGGAAAUGAAGCAUUAUUCAAACAGCCUGUAUUUUUAAAUCCACUUAUCCACACACUUUACACAAAAAGAUGAGAAGUCAACUAAAAUAUUGGAGGAUUUUCUGUACGCUGAACAGCAGACAAAAGUGUAUUAGUAUUCUUAGGAAGGGAACACAUCCUUCUUCUAAAUCAUCCACUAUUCUGCUU